CCGCCUCCAGAGCCUGCUCUGCGCCAGGCCCCCUGUAGUCCCCGCCCCCGGAGCCCAGGCCGGCCGCGCUCUGCGCUGGGCCCGCCCCGCGCACGUGUCGCCGUGUGCUAGGUGGCGGCUGCGGAAAAGGUUUACAACGGUGGCAGCGCUCAUGGCAGGUCCCCUGUGGCGGGCCGCAGCGUUUGUGCAGAGACACAGGACAGGCCUGGUGGUGGGUUCCUGUGCAGGCCUGUUCGGGGCCCAGAUCUCAUACCACGUCCUCCCAGAUCCUGUGAUCCAAUGGCUAUACCAGUACUGGCCUCAGGGCCAGCCAGCCCCACUCUCCCCAGAGCUGCAGAGGCUCUUCCAAGAAGUGCUACAGGACAUUGGUGUCCCCGCAGGCCAUAGCUAUGAGGCUUUCACCACCUUCACCUUCCAGCCUGUGAGUGCUGGCUUCCCGAGACUCCCCGCCGGGGCGGUAGUGGGCAUCCCAGCCAGCUUCCUGGGUGGCUCAUUGACCAACACUGAUCAUCCAGUCGUUGUACAUGGGCAAAGAGUGAACUGGCAGAGCCCAGCAGGUGCCCGGCUGAGAGAUGCCCUGACCCUGUCCCGCGAUGCCCAGAAGUUUGCCUUGGCCAAGGAAGUGGUGUACCUGGAGAGCAGUGCAGCCGCCCUACAGGCUCUGCCAGCCCCAGCUUGCCUGGCAGGAACGUGGGCACUGGGCGUGGGUGCCAAGCAUGCACUGGGGCUCUAUGGGGGCCCCAUGAACAUACGGGCUGCCUUCAACCUGGUGGCAGCGGUGGUGGGCUUUGUGGCCUAUGCCUUCUCCACAGACUCUCUCACUCAUGCCCUGGAAGCCUGGCUGGACCGCCGCACAGCCUCCCUGUCUGCAGCCUAUGCCCGGGGUGGAGUGGAGUUCUAUGAGAAGGUUUUAUCCGGCAACGUAGCCCUGCGCAGCCUCUUGGGCACACACGGAGUGAAGCUGUAUACGCCUAGUGGGAACAUCAUUCCCAGACACUGGUUCCGCAUCAAACAUUUACCCUUCACGACCCGCCGGGAUUCUGUGCUGCAGAUGUGGAGGGCCACGCUCAACUCGGGCCGCUCCUGAGGGACUCAUCACAAGGACAGAUGCGGCUCCUGCAGGCACCACCCCGCCAUUGACUCUGGGGGCUCUCUUGGUGCCUCUGGACCCACAGCCCAUUGUCAGAUAAAUCAGACUUUGGAAUUAAACAGCCUAGGUUCUAUCCCGGUCCACCACUCUUGAUCCCGAUGAGCUUGGGCAAGUCCCUUUUGAAUCUAAGCCUCGGUUUCCUCAGCUGUCAGAUGGGGACGAUGUAAAUUACCUGGCAGGAUUGUGGGGCAGCGUGAGCUGUGAACGAAAGGGCUUGGCCAAGAGGACAUCCCACGAAGAAAUGGGAUGUCCCUCCUUGGUGUUUGAAUACCAGCCGGCUGUGGGAGUCAGGCCGCUUCUCCCCCCUGGAGGUGCUUGCACGACGUGAACAACCACCCUGUAGCUUACCUGGUGGUCUAAUCCCAAUUUCCUUCUACUGUGGCAGACAUUGAAAACCUUCGAGGCCCAGGUGAGAAGCUAGUGUCGCCCUGAGAGGCUGGGAAGUGGGAGCUUGAGGGAGAGCCUCAAGGGUGAUGUGUCCAGCGAAGAUGGCAUGCUCAGAGAGAGCCCCUGGGCCUGAAGGGGAGUGGAGGUGUUGCUGGAACCCGGCGAGACCUGGGGCCGAAGGAAGAGGAAGGAACAAGCCAUUGCAGAACUGAGGCUCUGCAGGGAGGGAGCCUGCUGAUGCAUGGUCAGUGCCAGGGGAGGAGAGGGCCGGGGGUGGGGGCAGAGGGAGCUUGGUUUUCAGGGGCCAGGAGGAAGCAGGAUGGAGGAGAGCGAUGGACUGGGCCUGGUGUCACACUCAGGGCCCAGGAGGAUAUGCUGCACCCUUGCUCUGUUUCCCUUGGGCCGUCUAGUGGCAGAUGGAGCAGACCCCACUUUUGGUCCUUGGACAGGAGACCCCUUCCCAGGAGAGGUGGGGACAGUUGUGGCCAGCAAGCCAGGUUCCCUUUUUUAUUUUUAUUUUUCAUUGUCGAUUAUGUUUUCCCCAGAACAGUGGAAGAAUUCAGGCCCGUUGCCAAGGUAACUCAGGGCGGAGAGAUCAGGCCACACCCAGGGAGCCAGGAAGCCCACUCAGUGGCAGACAGUUCCUGCAGGAGGCUGAAUGGAGAGUGAGCAGGGAGGGGUGGCAUGUCUUCCUUCUGGGUCCUUCACGGUGGCUGCAGAUAUGUGCUCUGGCUCCAUGGGGCCAGCUUGUGGGUCCCAACGUCCGGCCUGGCCACACACCCCAUCUCUCAGGUCUCCGGGAUGGCGCUGGGCACACACUUGGUGGAUGCAUAGGCAGGUGGAUGAGUUAGUGAGUGGUAGAACGCGUGUCCGCUCUGGGAAGUACCUCUUCAGGGGGCCCCUCAGGCUGUCCCCUGGCUGCUGCCCCCAAGUAUGACUGUGUGAUCUCGGCUGGAGAAACGUGGUUUGGGGUCUGGAUUCGGUGAGCUCCAUCCACUUACCACUCCCCGCCCCACUGCGUUCAAUACUAGAGGAGCAGCAGGAUGGCCACGCCAGACAUUCCUGCUGACUUGCCCAAAAGGGAAGGAAAGGGAGCCCCCGUGGUAAGGGAAGUGAUCCCCUGAGAUGGCUGCUGCUUUGGCUCCCUCUAGUCCAUGUCACAAACUUUGCACUCCUCAGCUGCUCCCGGUCCCCAUGCAUGCCUCGUGUGGCCCAAUUUCCAGACCUUGGCCCAGAGCCUCCACCCUGUGAGCUGCCCCUCCCCCUCCUCCCUGCUGCAUUCUGCACAUCGCCCAGGCCCAGGCAACCCUCAGCUCUGUCCUUGCCCUCCCCAGAUAGUUCCUCCCUCCGGCCUCCUGGCCACUGCUCCCACCCCUCCCAGCUCUUGGAAAAUCAGGUCUGUCUGGGUUCCAUUCUGCUUAAAACUGUUUGCAGACAUCCCCUUGCUUUCUGCUAGGGGCGCCUGGGUGGCUCAGCCAGUUGAGCGUCCGACUUCAGCUCAGGUCGUGAUCUCACAGCUCGUGAGUUCGAGCCCCGCAUCCAGCUCUGUGCUGACAGUUCGGAGCCUGGCGUCUGCUUUGAAUUCUGCGUCUCCCUCUCUCUCUGCCCCUUCCCCACUCGUGCUCUGUCUCUGUCUCUCUCAAAAAUAAACAUUUAAAAAAAAAUCCGUUUUGUGGACAUCCCCUUGCUUUCUGCUAGAGCUGCAUCUCUGAGCCUGGACCUAAUGGCCUCUCUAACCAUCUUGUGUCCCCUUCCCCCGGUUCUGUGGAUCCUAAACGCAGGAGCACUUUGGUUCCCUCACUGCUUUCCUCUUCCUUCCCCACACAGUGCCUUGAUCUGGGGUGCUUUCUCCCAUUUUGCCCUUGUCUCUGUUAUUUAGUGCUCUUUCUGCAGGAGUACCCAGUGACCUGACCCUGGGAACCUUCCCCAUUCACACCCAUCAUGCACCCUGUACCCCUCCCGAGCUCUUAGUGCAAACUGUAACUACAUAAGUUACCGUGAAGCUAAUGGCUUACCAUCUCCUCUACUGAAACGUACUGUCUAUAAGAACAGUGUUUAUGUCUUGUAUACUGUUGUGCACUGAGGCUUUCCAUAACAUUUUUGAAUAAAUGAAUGGAACUUUUAAGCUACAA